CAUCAAACCAUCUUCUCCAAUUCCCAACCAUCAUUUGCAUCUUCCAGCCCAAGAAACACACUUUAUCUUCAAUUUCAGCCUAUCUUUCCAAACAAGCAAAGCAAAGCAGCUCAACAUGUUUGGUCCCUCUCAAUUCGUUCACUUCGCGGCUUUCCUCGCCCUUCUAUCCCCUGCGUUGGCUAAUGUCUAUCGCGUGGAUGAUCGCUCGCCUCAACAGAUCCGAGAUGCUGGAGGCUUCGUGGCUAGGAACCCUGCCGGGACAGGUACUGUCAUUCAACACGUCAGGAAAGAGCUAGGGGACCAGGAUCCAUGGGUUUCAACCACGAACAGUAAAGAAUAUGCUAAAGAUAGCGCCAAAUCCAACCUGGACGCCUAUCUCUACUACAUUUCGGAGAACGGCAUUAGUCUUGUUGACACCAAGAAAGCAUUCGAGGACGCGAAAGAAGACCACCCUCACCUUGGGGAGUACGAAUACUCAGUGAAGGGUCAGAUCGACUGGGAUAGUAUCAUCAAGUGGGAUCACUACGUGAGAGGCAAGAUCGUUGACGGUCAGACCAGAGACGACUUUGAGGAUGGGGAAGAGCCCGAGAAGCGUUCAGCCCCUUUGGUUCAUUCGGUAAAGUUCAGGGCUUAAGCUCAACUUUUCGAGGCUCAAUCGAUUGCAGCACGCAACAACCUCAACUGCUGGUCAUACGAUGUACAUCUUACAACACUGUUUUCAAGUUUGGCUUUUAUAGAUCUCAAGUAACUUAGACUGUCGUUUAUGCAAACAAAUACACUCUUUCCAGUAUAGAUUCUAUCUGUUU